AAAGCCAUGUUACCUAUGACAAAUCACAAGUCUUAGUUAAUUACUAAAUUAUAUAUCCUGUACCUCAUCUCAAACCAUACUCUAUUAAUUUGCUACUAAAAUAAGGGGAAUUUACGAAAAAGAUUCUGCAAACAGACACAGCCCAAAAGUGGCUGCCCUGUUCCACAAUUGUGACGAGUAAGGAAAAAUGUUCCUUCCCUUGAAAACAUUCUUACAAUAAGUGCCUCUGUUUUCUUGCAUUUGCCGCGGCGCCAUGUUUCUCCUCAUUUGCAUCAUAAUUUCAGCCUUCUUCAAUUUGCCGAGCGCCGCCGCCGGCAAUGCCGCCGCCCAGCCCAAGAGCAUAUUCAUCCUCGCGGGGCAGAGCAACAUGUCCGGCCGCGGCGGCGUCGUCAAUGACACGUGGGACGGCGUCGUGCCGCCCCAGUGCAGCCCCGACCCGAUGAUCCUCCGCCUCAGCGCCGCCGCCGAGUGGGAGGAGGCGCGCGAGCCCCUCCACCGGGACAUCGACGUCGAGAAGACGUGCGGCGUGGGCCCCGGGAUGCCCUUCGCGCAUUUGGCGCGGAGGCGGGACCCCGGCAUCGGGGUGAUCGGGUUGGUCCCCUGCGCCAUCGGAGGGACUAACAUAAGCGAGUGGAGGCGCGGCGGCCGCCUCUACCGCCAGUUGAUGGCUCGGGCACAGGCAGCCGUGCACGGCGGCGGAGGGCUGAUUAGGGGGCUUUUGUGGUACCAAGGUGAGUCCGACACGACCAAUCACGAGGAUGCUAGGUUGUACAAAAGGAGAUUGCUGAGGUUUUUCAACGAUCUCCGCUCGGAUCUGCUUUCCCCGGUGUUGCCGGUGAUUCAGGUGGCAUUAGCAUCGGGGUCCGGACCCUAUGUGGAUGUGAUAAGAAAAGCUCAGCUCGAGCUCGAGCUCGAACUCGAACUCCCAAAUUUGAGAUGUGUGGAUGCGAGGGGGCUGCAACUCGAGCCGGACGGGCUGCAUCUCUCUACUAGAGCUCAAGUCCGGCUCGGGCACAUGCUAGCGGACGCCUUCCUCGGGAUCACGGCUCCGCUACCGGUUCAGAGCAGCGGUGCUAAUAAGAGGUGCAACAGUUUUUUUCUCGACCUCUUCUUUAGAUGGAUUAGGUAGAUUUUUUUCUCUUGAGAAUAAUUAUGUUUAUAUUAUUCAACAUAUAGUACGAUUCACAUGAACGCUAUUUUGAAGUUUUUGUCAAAUUGAAAUUAAUUGUAUGAGCCCCCUCCCCUCGAAUUAGAUGAAAAUUGAAUUGGAUUUCAUUUCACUAA